AUGUCAUUGAACGCGGUGCUACAAAUACUAGUUCCUUUAGUAUAUAAGGCCACUUUCUGCUGGGCAAAAGCGGGCUCUACAGAUUCUGACGACGAUUUGGACGAUUAUAUACCUAAACCAGGCUCUCCAGAUGAUGACGGGUCCCCAAUUGGGCCAGGACCCGGAGAUGAUGUCAAUCCCGUCACGGAAGAGAUUUUUUCGUCGUGGGCACUCUUUAUAAUGUUGUUUCUGCUCAUCUCAGCACUGUGGUCAUGCUAUUUUCUGGCACAGCGCCGUAUCAAAGCCGUGCACGAAACGGUACUUUCGAUUUUUUACGGAAUGGUCGUAGGACUUAUCAUACGACUUUCACCAGGUCAUUACAUCCAGGAUGCAGUGACUUUCAAUUCCUCCUAUUUUUUCAAUAUUCUACUGCCCCCAAUCAUCUUAAACUCCGGGUACGAGCUCAAUCAAGUCAAUUUCUUCAGCAACAUAGUGUCGAUCCUGACGUUUGCAAUUCCGGGCACUUUCAUCUCGGCGGUAGUUUUGGGUGCAAUUCUCUAUAUCUGGACAGCACUGGGACUCGAAAAGGUGGAUAUUUCGUUUGUGGAUGCUCUUUCCGUAGGGGCCACUCUUUCGGCAACGGAUCCAGUAACAAUUUUGUCUAUCUUCAACGCCUACAAAGUGGACCCCAAACUAUACACCAUUAUUUUCGGCGAGUCCCUUCUCAAUGACGCCAUUUCCAUUGUCAUGUUCGAAACAUGCCAGAAAUUCCACGGCAAGCCUGCAAAACUUUCGUCUUUAUUCGAGGGUAUUGGUCUCUUCCUCAUGAAUUUCACUGUUUCUUUGCUUAUCGGCGUGAUGGUUGGAGUCUUGGUGGCACUGUUACUGAAACACACUUUGAUUCGUCGAUAUCCUCGUAUUGAAAGUUGUCUUGUGUUGCUUAUCGCAUACGAGUCGUACUUCUUUUCCAACGGCAGCCACAUGUCAGGUAUUGUAUCGUUGUUAUUCUGCGGCAUUACACUCAAACACUACGCCUAUUACAACAUGUCCAGAAGAACCCAGGUCACCAUAAAGUAUAUUUUCCAGCUGCUAGCUCAGUUAUCUGAGAAUUUCAUCUUUAUUUACCUUGGGCUGUCUUUGUUCACUGAAGUUGAGUUGGUUUAUAAGCCAAUGCUGAUCAUCGUUACCGCCAUUUCGAUUUGUGUGGCACGCUGGUGUGCUGUUUUCCCAUUGUCUAACUUUGUGAACUGGCUUUAUAGAGUUACAGCCAAGAGAUCAAUGGGUGUUUAUGGGAAUGAUGCUGCCAUCCCAGAUGAAAUUCCCUAUCAAUAUCAAAUGAUGACUUUCUGGGCUGGUCUCAGAGGAGCAGUAGGCGUUGCUUUGGCAAUGGGUUUACAAGGAGAUUUCAAAUUCACGCUCUUAGCCACGGUAUUGGUCGUGGUGGUCUUGACCGUAAUCAUCUUUGGAGGCACAACCGCAGGUAUGCUUGAGGUUCUCGGGAUUAAAAUGGGUUGCAUAGACGAAAAUGACGAUUCUGAUGAUGAAUUCGACAUAGAAAUGCCCAAACCUGUCAACAUCGCUCCUAGUCCCAUACCGACCUACUCAGAUGAACCACGAGAUCAAGGCAUCACUACUUCUCUACCCACAAGUAGAGCCGAACAAUUGCAACCACCCGAAGAUGUUCAGCCGUCAUCUAGGAUUUCUUUGGAGAGGCAUCAUCUCAGAGAAACCUUGGGCAAUAUCUUUUCAGCAGAUUCUCAAUGGUUCACGAAUUUUGACGAACAGGUCCUAAAGCCGGUUUUUCUCGAUAAUGGUGCUGAAGGGUCACAGCCAAGAAACAGCGAAUCAAGUACACCAAACUUUUUAGGUAGCAGAAGAUAA